CAAAAGGCGUUUGCGGUUGUGACAAAGGAAGUUCAAUUUGUGUCGAUGUUGAUGUCUGCGUUGCAAAUCGUUAAUCACACGCCAUUCUUUGUGUUAAAGAAAGUUGACGAUUUGGUUGUUGUGGCUUCGCUUCAUAAUGCGCGGCGCGGAUGUAUUAUCAUUCAGGAUGAGUACGUUGAUGGGAUCCAAUAUUUUGACGUGGACGUGGUAGUUGUAUUUCGUUCGAGAGCUGGAGAAGAUGUAAGGAAUGUUGUUGGUGCAGUGGAUGUGAUAUAUGUUGGUGAGUCCAAUGUUAAAAAUCCGGUUGUGAUGUCACUGGAAAAAAUGGAAAGAAAGGUUGACAAGUACAUUCGAACGGUUUACCAACAAUUUAAAACAGAAAAGUGUCUUCCCGUUGAUGAAGACAAGAUGUUGGAAAGCAUAUUGGACAAAUUGAGAGAGAAGCCAAACAUCGAGGUUGAGAACAAAACAACUUUAGUGAAAGAAAACACACAACUUACAACACAAAACGCGGCGCAAAUAGUCUUAAGUCGACCCUCAAGCACAUUAUUAUCACAGCCAAACGUCAAAGUCAAACAAGAAGGUAUACAACAACUUUCAAUACAAACACUCAACAAGUUGCCGUUUAACGACGGUCCAACACUGUUGCCAAAACUCAAUGUAAAUCGCCCAAUUAACAUUUCAAUACCAAACACACCAUCUCCGUCUGAACUUGUGGUGAACCCAUCGAACUCACUUUGGGACGACGAGAUCAAAACAGUCGAAAAGCAAAUUUCCAACCAGAUCGACCACAUUAAACGAUCGGAGAAAAGCGAAGUUGCAACAGCAAUCAAGAGGUUCAAGGAAAAAGAGUACCUGAAAGAAUUUGUGAAUACGUACAAAGCAAAAGACGUUGUACCCGAGUCUCCUCGCAUAUUAGAGAAUCCUACGCUGCUUUUCGAAUAUGUUCCUUCGUAUUAUGAGCGCUGCACUGAGUUGAAAAAACUCGAAGUUCCACCGCAAGAAGUCUACGAACAGCAGACUCUGUAUUUAAAUCCGUCGUACCUUCACUUGGCCCACGUCGAUUAUCAAAAGCGAUGUUCGGACGUGAUUCAAAAGAAAACUUUCAAAGGGUCGCACCAAGUGCCAUCCCAUACAACCCCAAAUAUUUUGAACUUCCCGAAGGUUGAUGGACCACUCACUGGUAUGGGUGUUGGGAGGCGUGCAGCUCCUGGACCAAUGUUUAUGCGACAGUUUGGGUACCAAGCACCUAUUCCGCAACAAAUGCAACCAGCCAUGAACCAACCAAUUCAAGCCGGAUUACCCAUGCACUUAACAGCUGGAAUGCCCAACACAAUUGUGAAUGGGAUGCCAAAUGCUAUCCCUGGUGGAAUGCCUAAUGGGAUGCCAGGUGUCCGUUUACAGGGAGGAAUGACAAUAAACAACCCGUUGACGGGCGGAAUCAUACAACCCGGACAACCGAAUAUGCGAAAUGUCGCGCCAAUGUACAUGUUACAGAGAGCACCCUUUCCCAUUGUUGGUUCUGUACAACAAACACAAAUUGGAAUGACAACUUUCAACCCAAAUGGGCAACCAAACAUGGUUCGAAUGGGUCCUUUUCCAAACGGACAAAUGCCGAACAUGCCACCCAAUUUUCAAAGAAAGCCGUAA